GAGACCAUGUCCGCCACGGACGAGGGGAGCCGGGAGGCCCCCAAGGCCAAGGGCAAGACUCUAAGCAGCUUCUUCGGGUCUCUGCCCGGCUUCAGCUCCGCCCGGAACCUGUUAGCCAACGCCCACAGCUCUGUAAGAGAGGCUCGGCCCAGCGCGGACACCACGGGUGCCAAAUCCCAGGCUUCAGGGGCUGUCGAGCCGGAGCCAAAGGCCAGCGCGACAGAGAAGCCACCUUCAGAACAGAUGACGUCUGGGGACAAGGACCCAGCAAGUUUCACGAUGGAUUCGCUCAGCUCGGGGCUGGCCAGCAUGGUGGACACUGCUAAAGGGGUGGUCCAGGGAGGGCUGCAUACAAGCCGCUCCGCUCUUACAGGCACCAAGGAGGCGCUAACGGGCGGGCUCCAGGGGGCGCUAGAUGCGGCUAUGGGAGCCGUCCAGGGAGGUCUGGACACAUCGAAGGCGGCUGUCUCAAGCACCAAGGAUACCGUGUCUGCCGGGCUCACGGGGGCCAUGAACGUGGCCAAGGGCACUGUCCAGACUGGCAUGGACACAUCUAAGUCUGUGCUAACUGGCUCCAUGAAUGUUGCCAAGGGAGCAGUCCAGGGAAGUCUAGACACCACCAAGACCGUCCUGACCGGAACCAAGGACACCAUGUCAGCUGGGCUCACAGGGGCCAUGAACGUGGCUAAAGGAGUGGUCCAGACUGGCAUGGACACAUCUAAGGCUGCACUGACCGGAUCCAUGAAUGUGGCCAAGGGUGCCGUGCAAGGGAGUGUAGACACAGCCAAGACAGCACUGACCGGAACCAAGGACACCAUGUCAGCCGGGCUCACAGGGGCCAUGAACGUGGCUAAAGGAGUGGUCCAGACUGGCAUGGACACAUCUAAGGCUGCACUGACUGGAUCCAUGAACGUGACCAAGGGUGCCGUGCAAGGGAGUGUGGACACAGCCAAGACUGUGUUAACUGGCACCAAGGACACCGUGUCAGCCGGGCUCACGGGAGCCAUGAAAAUGGCACAGGGUGCUGUCCAGACUGGCAUGGACACAUCUAAGUCUGUGCUAACUGGCUCCAUGAAUGUUGCCAAGGGAGCAGUCCAGGGAAGUCUAGACACCACCAAGACCGUCCUGACCGGAACCAAGGACACCGUGUCUGCCGGGCUCACAGGGGCCAUGAACAUGGCACAGGGUGCUGUCCAGGCUGGCAUGGACACAUCUAAGGCUGCACUGACCGGAUCCAUGAAUGUGGCCAAGGGUGCCGUGCAAGGGAGUGUAGACACAGCCAAGACAGCACUGACCGGAACCAAGGACACCAUGUCAGCUGGGCUCACAGGGGCCAUGAACGUGGCUAAAGGAGUGGUCCAGGCUGGCAUGGACACAUCUAAGGCUGCACUGACCGGAUCCAUGAAUGUGGCCAAGGGUGCCGUGCAAGGGAGUGUAGACACAGCCAAGACAGCACUGACCGGAACCAAGGACACCGUGUCUGCCGGGCUCACAGGGGCCAUGAACGUGGCUAAAGGAGUGGUCCAGACUGGCAUGGACACAUCUAAGGCUGCACUGACUGGCUCCAUGAAUGUGGCCAAGGGGGCAGUCCAGGGAAGUCUAGACACAGCCAAGACCGUCCUGACCGGAACCAAGGACACCAUGUCAGCUGGGCUCACAGGGGCCAUGAACGUGGCCAAAGGGGCCGUUCAGACUGGCAUGGACACAUCUAAGGCUGCACUGACUGGCUCCAUGAACGUGACCAAGGGUGCCGUGCAAGGGAGUGUGGACACAGCCAAGACUGUGUUAACUGGCACCAAGGACACCGUGUCAGCCGGGCUCACGGGAGCCAUGAAAAUGGCACAGGGUGCUGUCCAGGCUGGCAUGGACACAUCUAAGUCUGUGCUAACUGGCUCCAUGAAUGUUGCCAAGGGAGCAGUCCAGGGAAGUCUAGACACCACCAAGACCGUCCUGACCGGAACCAAGGACACCGUGUCUGCCGGGCUCACAGGGGCCAUGAAUGUGGCACAGGGUGCUGUCCAGGCUGGCAUGGACACAUCUAAGGCUGCACUGACCGGAUCCAUGAAUGUGGCCAAGGGAGCCGUGCAAGGGAGUGUAGACACAGCCAAGACUGUCCUGACCGGAACCAAGGACACCGUGUCAGCCGGGCUCACAGGGGCCAUGAACAUGGCCCAGGGUGCUGUCCAGGCUGGCAUGGACACAUCUAAGGCUGCACUGACCGGAUCCAUGAAUGUGGCCAAGGGAGCAGUCCAGGGAAGUCUAGACACCACCAAGACCGUCCUGACCGGAACCAAGGACACCAUGUCAGCUGGGCUCACAGGGGCCAUGAAUGUGGCCAAAGGGGCCGUUCAGACUGGCAUGGACACAUCUAAGGCUGCACUGACCAGAUCCAUGAAUGUGGCCCAGGGUGCCGUGCAAGGGAGUGUAGACACAGCCAAGUCUGUCCUGACAGGCACCAAGGACACCGUAUCGACUGGGCUCACAGGGGCCAUGAACGUGGCCCAGGGUGCUGUCCAGGCUGGCAUGGACACCUCAAUGUCGGCCCUUGCUGGUACCAAGGAUUUGGUCAGCAGUGGGGUGACCAGUGUCAUGAGUGUCACCAAAGGGCUUGUCCAGGGGAGCUUAGACAGCUCAAAAGCUGUCACUACUGGUACCAAAGACGCCACGUCCACUGGGCUCACGGGCGCAGUGAGCCUGGCCAAAGGAGCCGCUGGGAGCGGGCUGAACACAGCCCACAGCAUGGUGGCCAGUGCUGUGAGCAUGGCCCAGGGAGCUGGUCAGGGUGGCCUGGAUGCCACCAAGACUGUGUUGGCUGGCCGCAAGGACAUAGGGGCCCUGGGAUACCCUGGCCAGCAUCCUAUGCCCCAGGCCUCUACCUGGGGGGCGGUAGGGGGAGGCAGCUGCGAGCUGACUGCUCUGCCCUCUGGGGCCUCCAGCCCCCCAGAACUUCUCUCUGCAGGUCUGGAGUUCGCCCAGGGAGCCACCACCGACACCAAUGACCUUAUAUCCGACAUGGCCCCACUCGCCCGAGACGCAGCUCUGAGCAGCGAAGGGGUCAGGCAGGUGGCAGCAGCGGGUGGCUGCGAGGGAGCUGCAGGCUUCGCGAUGCUACGGGACGAGUUUGAGGGGCUUGGGGAGAUCUUCCACCCCAUGAGUGCCGAGGAACAAGCUGAGCUGGCUGCCUCGGAGCCCGAGCCCAAGGUGCUCUCGGCUGACCGGGGGAGCUUCUAUGUCCAACUGGGAGACCUGGCCCCCGCCUUCCGGCAGCGCGCCUUUGAACACGCCUUGAGCCACCUGCAGCAUGGCCAGUUCCAAGUGAGAGAGGCUCUGGUCCAGCUUCGCGACUCCUGUCAGCUGAUGGAGCAGAGCACACAGCCGCUGGACAUGCAGCCGUGUCAGCACCAAGGCUCAAGUGCCAACGUGGCGUACACGGAUCCAGUGCAGGAGUGUGACGCUGCCGGGGCCCUGUCCCAGGCCUGUGGCCUCAUCCAACAGCUCCACAGAGCCUAUAGUGGCCUGGCCUCUGGCCUGCAGGGCCUCUCCCCGGAGCUGCAGCAGCAGCUGGGGCAGGCGCGGCACGGCCUCUGCCAGCUCUAUAGUCUCAUGUCUGGGGCCGGGGAUGUGCGUGAGCUGCCCGCUGGGCAGCUGGCCCAGAGCUGUGAGGCCGUGAGCCAGGCAUGGCAGGGGCUGGAGCGGCAGCUAGAGGGUCUGCAGCAUGGUCCACCACUUGGCUGGCUGGUGGGGCCCUUCGCCCUGCUGGGCAGCGGGCAACAGCUGUAAGUGCCCGAGCAGGGAGCCCCAGCCUCUCUGAGGGCCCUUCCCUGGCCAGAGCUGGCUCAGGGCUCCCUGUAAGCUGAGCAGGGAGGUGCCAGUUCGGCCAUGCCCCCUGCGCCUUUUGAACCGCAGACCCCAUCCUGAGCCAGGGCUUUCCCAACACCUGCGAGCAGACACUCCUACUGACCACACAAAGUGCCCGGGCCCCUCCAUACCCUGGGACCCCUCUAACUGAGGGGGGCUUGUCUUUCCCCCAUCUGACCUGAGAGCACCCAACCUGAAAGGGCCCUGGGAGUGGCUCCCCCACAAAGAGCCACUGUCACUGUCACUGCCACUGUCUUCCUGAGCUGCUGCCCGCAGCCUCUGCCACACCCCAACGUGACCAGAACCUGGCAGUGGGCAGCGGAACCCCUCCUCCCUCCCAGAGUGGCACAUUCCCAAAGCUGCCUGUGCCCACAGCCAGCACUUUCGCUCAACCCAUGCCAUCCUGGAGCCCACGGGGGGGACCCCAGGCAUAGCUCCCUCCAACUGGGGACAGGGCUGGGACGGAGGUGCUUCUCGAGCCUUCCAGAGCCUCUUCCUCACUCAGCCACCACACCAGGCCCGGGGACUCCAGCGUGAGUCUGUGUGGGCCACCCUGCUGAGCUGGGCGAGGCAGGCAGGGGUGACACAUGCCAGAAGCCCCUGCCGCAGGGGCUGGCCAGCCACCGUGAGCCUGGGGUUACCUCCUGACGGGAUGACGGGUCACAGAAAUGCCAUGGGAAGAGUGGAGGUGGCACUGUCUCCCUGCCCCAGGGCCCAGGGAUGAGGACUCAGGGCACAGCCUGGGGUGGAUAUGGGCGGCAACUGGCAGGAAGGGCGCGGUCCCCGGGCACGGCAUGCAUGAGCGGCCAAGCGCCGAGUUCACAGGGAUGUCACUUUCUCGUGUCCCCUGGAGAGGCCCAGCUCACCUUCUCACGGCUGGCCCCCCGGCCCCCCCUGCGCUGUGCACUUGGCGGCCACGGCUUAACCCUUUGUUCCCCAAAGGACAUUU